GGCUUCGCACGGUGCGCUCUGGUCACAUGGACGCGCGCCACCCCUCGGCGUGCGUCAUCUUUGGCAUGAUUUUGAGCGGUCUGUUACCACACGCGCACCUUUGCGCCUCAUAUUGGCCUCUGUGUAGGUCUCAAGGACACAGAGACCCCACAAGCUAUGCCCAUUUGUAUCACCUGCGCAUCUUAUGCCUGCGGCAUGGUGGAGCUAGAUCUUUGGUGUGAGUGUUGUAGGCCCCACGGGGUAUGCGAAACAUAGUCUACCGGAUUCAUUACCUUGACUCGGCGCAAUCCUUCAACAACACUUCUUUAACCACUCUCUGUUCCUGCUUGGACGUGUUGAGGGCUGUUUUUAUUUUUCCCAUAGCAUCAUGGGCCUACUGGGAAGCUUGCGGAAGCAGCCAGCGCAAGCGGAAGGCAGCACUGAUGCACCAGUUUCCACGCCCCAAAACGAGAAGAGUUCGGGCCCGAGCAGGAAGUGGAAUCUUGGGAUUUUGAGUGAUCCCUUGACUGAUGAGGUGCCCGGAUCUGUCAUCCUCCUCUCCAAAACGCACAACCGCAACGAGCCUCUCGGUCUGCAGCACGCGCACGCAAGAACCUCUGCGUCUUCUCUGCCAUCGGCGUACGGCCAUUCUCGAAGCGCGUCCCGCGGAUCUCGCCAUUCGUCGCGAGCCCGACAACCUGAGAAGAAGCGCACCAAGGAUGGGAGGUUCAUCCUAGAACCCCAGCCUGAGGAGUCCGCCAACGACCCGCUGAACUGGAACCAGUUUCGACGAGAUGCUGCGUUAUUAUCGCUCGGCUUCUUUUGCAUGCUCGGUGGAGGCAUGACACCCAUCUUGGCCGCAGGCUUCCACGAUGUCGCGGAAACAUACGACGUUGGUCUUUCUCAGGUGGCUCUGACAACCGGCCUUUACAUGCUAGGGCUGGGUCUUGGAAGCGUUGUUGCAUCACCAACUGCCAUAUUGUGGGGAAAGAGGCCUGUCUACUUGGUCGCUAUCGUCCUGUUUACUCUCUCUUCAGUAUGGUGUGCACUCUCACCAAACUACGCAUCGCUAGUCAUUGCGCGGAUUGUCCAAGGCUUUGCCGUUUCGCCGGUCGAAUGCCUCCCAAGUGCCACUAUCGCCGAGAUCUUUUUCCUCCACGAACGAGCAUACCGUCUAGGCGUCUACACCCUCCUGUUGUUGGGCGGAAAGAAUCUGAUACCGCUAGUCAGCGCGGCGAUCGUACAGAGCCUGGGCUGGAGGUGGGUCUUCUGGGUGAUUGCUAUUGUUGUUGGUGUCUCCUUCUUUCUCAUCUUUUUCUUUGUGCCCGAGACCUUCUGGGAUCGUACACCAAGAGCGCGAGGUCGAAGCCAUGCGCGCAGCCGCAGCCACAGCCCGAGACGGCACAACCAUUUCCAUCUCCCGUCAAGGCACCAUAAGAAGUCUACAGAUGAAUUGGCAGCGCCAGUUGAUACCGCCGUGGGAGUUGCUUCGCCGGUUGCGACACCCCUCGAUCAUCCAAAGAAGGCCCCCAAAACUGCUCAUGUUGGUUUUGCAGACGACGUGGAGCACGAUACAUCUGGUGUGCACGCAGAUGCGCCACUCACACCGCGCUCUCCGAUCAGUAUUCACUCUUCGCCUCCGGGAACUCCGCGACAAGGUUACUUCCCACAGGUGCCAGAGAGUACAACGACCGAUCCCGAGAAACAAGACCAGACAUCUGGUAGCCCAAGUCAGUCCUCCGCCGAGCCUGGAAGGACUUUGGAUGGCGAUCAGGUAUCAGAGCAGUUCUCCAUACAUUACACUGACUAUUACCGUACGGCACCUACAAAGACGUAUCGUCAGUCCCUGAAGCCUUGGAAUGGACGUCUUGCCAAAGACAAGUGGUUCAAGGUCGCGGUCAGACCGUUCAUCUUGUUUGCAUACCCAGCUGUCCUUUGGUCCUCUUUAGUAUACGCUCUUGCUGUUGGUUGGCUUAUCGUACUGUCUGAGUCGGUUGCCCAUGUCUACCAGAACCGUGAGUCGUACAACUUUACCUCUCUUCAAGUCGGACUUGUGUACAUCUCGCCAUUUGUGGGAGGUGUUCUGGGAACAGCGGUCGCCGGGAAAGUGUCCGACCUGAUCGUUAGAUUCAUGGCACGUCGAAAUGAUGGCGUGUAUGAACCCGAGUUUCGCCUUGUCAUGGCUCUACCGAUUACGAUCAGCACCGUCAUUGGCCUCAUGGGUUUUGGGUGGAGUGCCGAAGAGAAGGAUCACUACAUUGUGCCGACUAUCUUCUUCGGCGUGAUCAGCUUCGGUUGCUGCCUUGCUUCCACUACUGCGAUCACAUUCGUUGUAGACUCAUAUCGCGUUUACGCCGGUGAAGCACUGGUGACGCUGAAUUUCUGCAAGAAUGUUCUUCACGGCUUCAUCUUCUCGCUGUUCUUCCCGCACUGGCUCGAGGCCAAGGGUCCUAAGAGUACUUUCUUGGCAGUUGGCGGUAUUCAACUUGGUUGUAUGCUUUUCUCCAUACCAAUGUACAUCUACGGCAAGCGAGCCCGUAUGUGGACCGUCAGGAAGAACUUGAUGGAGAAGUUUUGAGUUGUCAAGGUUCGGUGACAGCACCGACAUCCCGACGCGCAACUCCGAUACGAUGUUACGACUUCAGCUUGGCAUUACUCAUGGCGUUCUUUUUGGGUGCACGCAUGGCGUUGGAGUGGAUCUUCCCCAUGUUUUCCCCAGACUGUUUGUGCGACAGUCACGAUAUUCCCGAUGCAUUGACUUGCAAUUUCCAUCUGAACGCUUAGCAUUUGC